CCGGACUUCCUCGUGCUUGCGCGCUUGCGGAUAGAGGUAGCAGCUGUUUGCAGCUGCCGCUGGAGCUGCGGUUGUCGUGCAAGGCCAGGGAGGGGGGACCGAAGGGGAGGAGAGGCGACCUUACCGGAGGAACAGCUUCUCUAAGAAAAUCUAAUUGCAACUCAUCAUCCUCGACUUGACCUGGGACUAGAAAGCAAGCAGCCGUUCCAGGGAGAAGAUUCGGCCUCGGGCCAACACCUGCCUCCUCUGCCAUUCAGCCAUGACGUCGUCUAGUUCUCUCCUGUGGGCCACCGACAUAUUUGGCAGAGUCUACACGCUUUCGACGGCCGGCCAGUACUGGGAACGCUGUAAAAACGAGCAGCUGGAAUUCAAGAGGGUGUCUGCCAUCAAGGAAUGUUGCUGGGGAAUUGCUUGCGACCACCAGGUACACGUUUAUGUCCACUCCAGUGAUGUCCCAAUCAGGUACCAGGAAGAAACCUACGAGAACCAGCGCUGGAACCCGGUCGCCGGCUUCUGUGAGAAACUCCUCCCAAGCGACCGCUGGCAGUGGAGCGACGUGAGCGGGCUGAAGCAUCAGAAACUAGACAGCUUUGAGCUGCCUUCACCUCAUUGGGAGUGGGAGACGGAUUGGUACGUGGACGAGAAUUUCGGAGGGGAGCCCACUGAGAAAGGGGGCUGGACAUAUGCCGUCGACUUCCCUGCCACUUACAUGAAAGAUAAGAGGUGGAACUCUUGCGUGCGGCGCAGGCGGUGGAUUCGAUACCGGAGAUACAAAUCGCGAGAUACUUGGGCAAAGAUUCCGUCACAGGACGAUCCCCAGCAGCUGCCGGAUCCUUUCAACGAUCUCUCGGUUGGUGGAUGGGAGAUCACAGAUGAACCUGUGGGCCGGUUGUCGGUCUGGGCUGUCAGUUUGCAAGGAAAGGUCUGGUACAGAGAGAACGUCUGCCGCCACAACCCCGAAGGCUCUUCGUGGUCCAGGGUAGGAACCCCCGGGGAAGUAGUCCAGAUCAGCUGUGGGCCGUACGAUCUCCUCUGGGCGACGCUCUGGGAAGGCCAGGCGAUCGUGCGGGAGGGCAUCGAGAGGAACAACCCUCAAGGGGUCUCGUGGACGGUCGUGCAGCCGCCGGUGGCCGAGAACGGCAUUUCCCACGUUUCCGUGGGCGUGAACGUGGUGUGGGCCGUCACCAAAGACAAUAAAGUAAGUGGGUCUGAGCGACAGG